AUGUCUCCUAAAGUGCCGUGCGCUCCGAAUGACCCGCGCGCAUCCAGCGAUGCGGUGACGCUCUGCGGGUGCGCUCCUCCCGGUCGAAGCCGCGCGAGCGAGGCCGGGGACACCGCUGAACACGUGCCACGAAAGCUCCUGGACACCUCCUCAAUGAUGGACAUCGGGCCCAAGAGCAGACAGCGGGGCAGGCGCAGAAUGAAGGCCAACGACCGAGAGCGCUCGAGGAUGCACAACCUGAACUCCGCGCUGGAGGCGCUGCGGACGGUCCUUCCGGCGCUGCCGCAGGACGCCAAGAUGACCAAGAUCGAGACGCUGCGCUUCGCCCACAACUACAUCUGGGCUCUGAGCGAGACUCUGCGCAUGGCCGAACAGCACGCGCACGCGCCGCAGUACCUGCCGUCGCAGGGCUCCGCUGCCGUGCGGGACACGGUGUCACCCGCCGGGGCCACGCGCGCUCCGUCAGCCGCGUGUGACUCGACGGACUGUUACAUGUUCGCUCGUCACAGGAGUAAGAUGUUCUCGAGAGAGGCCUCCGGGGUCAUCCCCGUGACCUUUUAUCUCAAGUCCGUCCGCGGGGAACAUGACCCCCAAAACACGUGGUGCUUUUAA